AUGACUACUUCGCAUCGCGUCGGUCACCACUUUCUUGAUCCGCGUGCAACAAAUGGCGCAACACAGCACCUUGGCGAUUAUUACGCAGGUGAUGUUUAUCAAAACUUCAAUCAAUUUGACUCGGAUCCACUCGACUUACUGCCUGCUGUAUGCAACGCUUCGUUCGACGCAGCCAGCAGGCAGAAUGGUCCUUUCUGCCUUGAUGAUACGCGCGUCGAGAUUCUGGAGCGUAUCAUGUUAUGGUCAGACUCCGCCUCUAAUGACAAGCCCAUAUUCUGGUUAAGCGGCAUGGCAGGUACAGGAAAAUCCACCAUAGCUCGUACAAUUGCUCUGAAGCUCCAGGAGAAGGAUCGGGUGUUAGCGAGCUUUUUCUUCGUUCGCGAUAACGCUGCAUCUGAAAGUGCCAAAGACUUCUUCACAACCAUCGCAAAGCAACUUGCAACCUCAGAAGACCCAGCAUUACGCGAAAAGAUAUGUGCGGCCAUUCGAAAUAAUCGGAAUAUUGUACACAAGGCACAAAGGCUGCAAUGGCAAAGGCUCGUCCUCAAGCCCCUCACUCAGCUAUGCGAAGAACGUCAAACUCCACGGGACCGUCCGUUGGCAGUCAUUAUGAUCGAUGCACUAGACGAAUGCAACAACCAAGACAACGUCAGGGAGAUAUUACGAAUCAUAUGUGGCUAUGGUGGACUGGACCACGCGAGACUUCGCAUCAUCAUUACUAGCAGGCCCGAAACACCUAUCCAACUAGGCUUCGAGGACAUGCCUCACAUACUUUACCAGACGCUCUCUCUCGAUGACGUAUCGCACGAGAUCGUCAACGCGGACCUAACUGUGUUCUUCAACCACUGGUUGAAAGAAGUCAGAGGACGGCACGGAGGACUGUCUUCUGGCUGGCCCGGAGCUGACAGCGUUACGUCUCUAGUUGCAAGAUGCGGAGGCCUGUUCAUCUACGCAGCAACACUUUCUCGGUUCCUUUUACAGAACCCCAAGGUCUGUCAUGGACGUCUCAAUCUAAUCAUGGAAGAAUAUCAGGUAUCAAGCAACAACUAUCUUGAGCCUCUUGAUCGCAUUUAUCUUACGAUACUCCGUGUAUCUGCCGAUGAUACAUCUGCGCUAUCCGAUCACGAGAGCGAGACCCUGCAAGAGCAUUUCAACCACGUCGUCGGAUCGAUAGUCGUGCUUCAGGAUGGCAUAUCAGCUGAAGCAUUGGCAUUGUUACUCCGGAUGCCUAUGAUGAACGUUGUAGGAAUAUUGCAUAACCUACAAUCGGUCAUUAGAUAUUUUCAAGAUGGGCGUGCCAUCAGGCUGCUUCACGAGUCAUUCCGUGAAUUCAUCACCGAUUCAAAGAGGUGUACUGAGCUACGGUUUCAUGUUGAACCUGAAAGGGCUCACAAAAAACUUCUCGACGACUGCCUUGAGACCUUGAAGGACCAUCUCAAGCAAGAUAUGUGCAAUGCUCGAGAUCCUGCAGCGACUAUAGAGGAAGUUCAGCUAAACGCAGCUAGUCAGCGUUGCCAAUUGUUGCCACACGUCCAGUACGCCUGUUCGAAUUGGCUUGAACAUGGUCAGAAAAGUGGCUUAGAUCUCGGAAACCAUGAACGGCUUUCUGAAUUCUUCUACACUCAAUUUCUCCAUUGGAUUGAGGCAAUGUGCUGGAUGGGCAAACUUGCAAAGGCUGUUGGAUAUGUUUUGACGUUGCUUGAAUCUCCUACUCUUGAAUGUCGUCUAAAGAGAUUCCUCCAAGACGCAAAGAGAUUCCUUGUGCUACAUGGUGGUACAAUCGCAGUUUAUCCAUUGCAGAUCUACAGUUCGGCUCUAAUUUUCAGCCCAAGAAACAGCUUAGUCCGUCGAAAGUUUUCAUUAGAGACAUCUGACUGGCUCACCAAGUACCAUCCAGCUCGCGAUGAAUGGGAUUCGUCUCUCUUCGAAUCUGAUGGCGGGUUUCCCGCGGCGUUUUCAUCAAAUGGAACUUUGCUAGCCUUCACUUCAUUCGCAGGAUGGCCAGAUCGCGACCUACAAGUUUGGAACGUUGACCAUGGUACUUUGGUCUAUUCGAUACGCUUGAACGCACAACUGAGUUCCGUUGCCUUUGAUCCUACUGCAGCGCAUAUUGCGUUCUCAAUUCGGGACGUUGAUAUAGCUCGUGACGAAUUUAACUCGACUGAUCCGGACCGGGGUAUAGAGAACGCCUGUAUCUGUAUAUGGAACCUCGCAACAGACAGCGUUGACCAUGUACUCCGGGGACAUACAGAAAAGGUCGAAAAGAUCGUCUUUAGUCCGAAUGGCACUUUACUUGCAACGACUUCUUCUGACCACACUGCAAAGAUUUGGGAUGCUCAUUCCGGAUUACUGCGUUGUACACUCGCAGGAGACUCGGGCAUUCCCGAAAUAAGUUUCUCGUCUGACAGCAACAUGGUCGCGUCACUCCUGGACAACUCAGCUCUCAAGAUAUGGGACAGAAGGAAUGACAACAUCCGAUCUGUUGUGGCAUUUGACGAGGUCGGUAGCUUCAGCGAGGAAGCGAGUCUUGCGUUUGCUCUCGAUGACCAUCUAUACGCUGCAAAAGGGUCACGUCUUGUGAUCUGUGAUGUCUAUCAAAGUGCCAUACAACGGAGGGUUGAACUCAUGGAUCUGGACAUCGACUUUUCGGGCAUCCUUCGAAACGAAUUUGCUUCAGACGGAUCAAUGUUUGCAGUACACGCAGUCGAAGCGCAGAAAGUCUAUCUCUGGCGAACGGCCGAUCUUAGUCUUUGCAGUGUGGUUUCUGCUGUGUCUGAUCAGUACGAAUGCAAGUUCGAACUAUCAAAUGACGGUGCAUAUAUAGCAAUUUCUGAUUACACAACUAUCAGAGUAUUUGAAGUGACCUCUGGAAUUGAACGAGUCGUCUUGAAUGGUAGUAAUGUCCAGAACACGAAAUUCGCGCCUCAUGCAAACAUGAUCGCUUCAGGUGCGUUAUAUCAAGGCCCUAUUACACUGUGGGAUCUCUCACAGACGGCGUCGCCUAAAAACACUAGAGUCACUGAAUACAUUAACCAAAUCACGGCCUCAAUGGAUAAGACCUCCAUUAUAUUCACAAGCUCUACGUUUGAUUCCAGUAAAUCAUCUCUCAACUUAAUGAGCUUUGGUCAGGAUCAUGCACCGCCCUCGAUCAGGUGUGUUGAGUAUGAGUAUCCCGUCGACAAGAUCCAGCUGCUGCCGGGAAGCCAGCUUGCAUUCGUGAGCGCGGAUGUUGAGGGAGAACAUGCAACCGGGUAUCUUCUCGACAGUGCGGCUUGGGCUCCAACUAUCAUCCCUCCAUGUGAAACGCUUACGGUCUCACCUUCUGGUUCCUAUCUUGCCCUCGCUGGACUUGAUCAUCGUAUACAUAUCAGGCAUACUUCGAUGCAAGAUUUUACGGUUUGCCUCACAGGUCAUCGUACUGCUGUCCAGAUGAUUCAGUUCUCGUCCAGUGAUAAGAAAUUGGUUUCUGUGUCGACUGAUGGGCAAGUGUUGCUAUGGGACGCCCAAGGUCAGACCGCGCCCGUCGUUCUUGAAUAUGGCCCUGGACAGAGUGUCGGAGACAUUGCCGAAGGAGUCUUUUCAGCAGAUGAAAAGAUGCUGGCAUGUGCCUAUUAUAACCCAAAGUAUACAGAACUGAGGCCCUCGAUUCAACUCUGGAACCUUGAGACAGGCGAACAGUCGCGCGGACUGGAUUCUGGCCCCUCACAUUACGGGAUGCGCACACUUUCUUUCUCUUCCGAUGGAAGAUAUCUUAGAACAGCUGGAAGGACGUUUGACCUCUCAGGAUCACCUACCGCCUCAUUAGACCUUGGUACUCCCAUAGUUGUCGACCCUUACCAUGUGUGGAUUACAUGGCAUGGGAAAAGAAUCUUGAAGCUUCCCCAAGGCUGCAAGCGCGAGCAGUAUCACUCGCACGAUAACAUACUUGCGAUAGGAUGGAAAGAAGGCGGAAUAGCGUUUCUGGAGUUCGAUCCUCAAAAGCUUCGGGAGGCACUCGGCAUAUAG